ACUUCCGGUUGUCAUUUCCACGCGUCAAAACAAAACUUUGGAAUUUAUAACCAUUUUUGAGCUUAAUACGUUAAAAUUAUUACAGAACAUGAAUGAACAUUGAUAAGCUUCUAAAGAGGCUAUACAAAAUUACUUUGCAAAUCUUCAAUGCCCUCGGAUUUAUGAAAAAUUUAUGCAGCAAAACCAAAUAUUUUGACUUUUCAGUUUUUUGAUUAGAGCGCUGUAGUUGAAUUUUUUUACAAAUAACAUUUCAGUUCUAAAUAAAGAAGUUUCAGUAGUUUUGCAGCAUUAUAUAUGUGUUGAAAAUUACGCUUGUUAAGGGAUAAAUUCUUGAAGCCAAGGAUUUGAAGGAGGUUGGCUCGAUAGUUGAUAGGAAGAUAAGGAGAACGUGACAAUGACUGUGGCAGGCGGUUCGUCUGGGUCUGGCUCAAAGAGCCCAGUGAAAAUACUUGCAAACAUCUUCAUUUCGUUUAUUGGUGCUGGUGUUCUUGGUCUGCCAUUUGCAUUUAAGGAGGCUGGUAUAUUAGAAGGUGCAAUUGUGAUGAGUCUUGUGGGCAUGAUCAGCGUGAAAGCCAUGUUGCUGCUGAUUGACUGUAAGUACAGAAUCCUGGAGAAAUACCAUCCGCCAAUCAAAAAGCAUGGAGACAGCUUCAUCACAGAGGUAACACUUGAUCACACUGAGGAGACUGAUGGCCUUAUGGAUGGUGAAGUUAAAACAGACAGUGACAUGGAAAUUGAGAAAAAGGCAAAUUGCACUUGGCACGACAAAAUUGAAGAUAGUCGUAAUGGCUUUUGCACAUUUUCUAACAUGAAGAAUCAACAGGAGCCAGCCAAUACAGAGAUUACAUAUGGAGAUGUUGGUUACCAGGCUAUAGGACAUGCAGGUAGAAUGUUGGUUGACAUGGCUAUAGUCAUAUCACAAACAGGCUUUUGUUGUGCGUACAUAAUUUUCAUCACAGAGAAUUUAUCAGCUUACUUCCCAAACAUGAAAAUGCAAGUUUGGCUCCUGAUUCUUCUACCUCCACUUUCUCUUCUCACGUUAGCCAGACAUCUUGGUGGACUUGCAUUGACAAGUUUACUCGCUCAGUGUUCAAACCUGUUUGCAUUUGCGGUUGUAUUAUGGUUUGAUUUUGAACAUCUUCAUACCAUUGAAGUUCAUCCAAAGAAGAUGAAGUUAAAGGGUCUUCCAUUUUUUCUAGCUAUAUCUAUCUAUUGUUAUGAGGGUGCUGGUAUGAUACUUCACCUUGAGUCAUCAGUAGCAGAAUCAGUUAGAUAUAAAUUUAAAAGGUAUUUUAUAACAACAAUGGUUAUAGUAACAUCGAUGUAUGUAUCAUUUGGAAGCUGUGGAUAUGCCUCUUUUGGAAAAGAAACAAACCAAAUAAUUACAUUGAAUUUACCUCAAGGAGAAUCUCUAGACUUCUCAAUGAUAGUCAAGUCAUGUUUGUGUCUAGCUUUAUUUUUUACUUACCCAGUAAUGAUGUUCCCUGUAAUGCAGAUUUUAGAUGGUUAUCUCAUUUGGGAGCCAGAAAACAAUAAAGGAAAAGGGAAUGUGUUACGGAUCUCAAUGGUUGUACUGACAGGAUUUAUAGUGUUAAUGAUUCCAAGUUUCUCUAACAUCAUGGCUCUUGUAGGAGCCACAUGCUGUACUCUGCUAGCAUUUACACUGCCAGGGCUCUUCCAUAUGACCAUAUUUAAAGGGACUCUUUCAAAAUGCCAAGUAUUCUUUGACUGGUUCUUGAUCAUUCUUGGUAUUAUUGGGGCAAUUAUUGGAACACUGGAUACGCUCAACAGACUUGCAAAAUUAGGAGCAGUGGAGCAAAUACCUCGUGAUAUUUUAGCCAAUCAGACGGCAGUAGCUGCUACAGGGCAGAAAUAAUGAGCUAAAUAUUGAAAUAGCAAUUCUGUGAUUUUAAAAUUCAUCAACGUAUAUUUCAUUCUGAUUACAAAGUGGACCAAAUCAUGAUGAAAGAACCUGCCGAAAAUAUAGCAGAUCAAAGAUUAUAUGAGCCGCGCCAUGAGAAAACCAACAUAGUAGG